AUGGUUGACAGUGAAACUUACGAUCAACCAGCACGUGAACAUCCUGAUGCAGAGCGCCAUUCGCUUGCCGCUUUUGCCAAAAUGAACUUGUUUCGAAAGAGGGGUCAAUUGUGCGAUGUUGUCGUAAAAGUUGGCGGUCGUGAAUUCCCUGCACACCGUGUUGUUUUGGCUGCCUCAAGUGACUAUUUUGAUGCAAUGUUUUCAAACGGGAUUUCGCAAUCAAAAUAUUUUGAUAUUAAGAUGGCUGAGUCUGCGCAACUGGAAAUCGAGCUAAAGUCGGUUUCUGCAGAUGUAAUGGAGGCUCUUCUCGACUUUGUCUACACGGGACAAGUACGAGUUAGCAUGGAAAAUGUGCAGGAAUUGUUACCCGCUGCUAGCCUUGUGCAAAUGGAAGGCGUAAAAACCGUUUGUUCAGCGUUUCUCUUCGGGCAAGUGGAGGCUUCCAACGUCCUCGGAAUCCGCCGUUUCGCAGAACUUCACAGUUGUGCCGACCUCGAGGUGUUUGCCAAGAAUUACGCUGCUCACAACUUCAAAACAGUUGUUGACUAUGAAGAGUUCCUUUACAUGACUGCUGAAGAGCUUGUUGAACUUCUCAGCCGGGAAGAUCUCCAUAUAGACAGUGAAGAGACCGCUUACAAUGCACUGAUUCGUUGGGUUUACUAUGAUGAAGCGAACCGUGUUAUGCACCUUCCAAAUCUGCUUAGCUACGUCCGUCUGGCGAUCAUGUCAGUGCGCUUUCUGACUGACAUUGUCGACAACGAGCGUCUAAUCCGACAGUCCCUGGAGUGUCGUGAUCUGGUAGACGAAGCGAAACGUUUCCAUCUUCGACCAGAUCUUCGCUCUCAGAUGCGCGAACGUCGGUUUCACCAACGCAACGGCGGCGAUGAGUAUCUCGUAGUUAUUGGUGGCUUCGGUUCCUAUCAAAGUCCCUCCGAUUCUGUCGAAAUGUUCAAUCCUCGAACCCACGAAUGGAGUGAACUUCCUAAUCUGCCAAUAAGUUACCGCUAUGUGGCGGCUUGUUCGCUGGGCACCUGUGUCUACGUGAUUGGCGGUUUCGAUGGCAAUGAUCGCCUAAACACGGUCGGUCUGCUGGAUGUCGCUCAGCGCGAGGACGGUUGGCGGUGGCUCGCGCCGAUGCACUACAAACGGGGACUUUCUGCUGCGUGCACCCACAAAGGUUUGAUUUACGUGUGCGGUGGUUUUGAUGGCCAGACGCGUCUCCGGUCGCUCGAGGUGUACCAUCCGAAAAUCGAUGAGUGGCGGGUUCUCGAGGAGAUGAAUACUGCUCGUGAAGGUGCUGGUCUCGUGGUUGCGGACGACACUCUCUACUGCCUCGGCGGGUACGACGGCUUCCAGCUUCUCGACAGCAUGGAGGCCUUUGACCUGCGUCGAGGCACGUGGAUGCAAUGCAAGCCGAUGUACAUGCGUCGCUCCGGCGCCGGCUGCGCGGUCAUCGUGGACACACUGUACGUGUGUGGGGGCUACGGCGGCGCCGAGGGACGAGGUCCACUUCACCUUGACACCGUGGAGGCCUACAACACUCGGCUGGCACAGUGGACUCUAGUUGCCAGCAUGAAUGUCCCUCGAUGCUACGUCGGGGCCUGUCAACUCGCUGGACGCGUUUAUGUGGCCGCUGGGUAUUCACGGCCUUUUCUAAUUGUUCCCCCUAGCUACAACGGAAACCGUCUACUCAACACAGUUGAAGUUUUCGACCCCAUAGACAACACGUGGACGCUCUAUGAGGAGAGUCGAAUGCACAACGAGCGUUGCGACACUGGCAUGUGCGUCGUGCGCUUCCUCUCCUAUGCUGAACCGCCGGCAGGUGGCAGUGCUGCAGCAGCAACAACAACAACCACGCCAAUUCAGCCACGUAUCGCGCCCUGCUCCCAUCGCCCCCGCACUGGCAUCCCCACUGUAGGUGUUGGCGACGGUGUUCAGACCCAAGUUGUCCAGAUUGUCACGCCUCUGCUUCAGGGACACGCGACACGACACACCCGCCCAACUCCGCCCCCCGUGGUCAUCGGCGCGAGUCGACGAGCCCCAGCGAUGCCGUCGCGACACCUCCCUGAGUCCACCGGGGCACCACCGAUACCUGGCAGAAGAGUGAUGCCAGUCAGGGCUGCUGUGCACGAGCCCAUGCCAAGCAAUCCUCAAAUGAGCAGCACUGCUGCCAGGUCGAUUGAUAAUUUUUUGGAUGAAGGCGAAAACGAAGAUGGUGAAGGAAGAGGUUUGGCAGAGGAUGAGGAAGAGCACCUAGAACGUGACUCUGAAUCACCGGCAGAAUUGUUAAAUGUAGAUUUGGAGUCACUCACAGACGCACCGGUCGUUUGUUACUACCAUCCGAAUCCCCACGAAACCAUUCCUCCCUUGCCAUUUGUUGACGACGGCCGCUCAAGUAACGCGGUAGGCAGCGGCCCUGACUACCAGCAUCCCGAUGGUGCCGCAGCGGAGGAAGCUGGUCUUAGCCUGGCUUCCUUGCGACCCCCUUCGGACAUCGUCGGAGAAGAUGUCGAGGCGUCUGAUGACGAACGGACUCCAAACCUGUCCUCAGUCCCAUCUCCCCCACAGCAGCCACUCUCAGCCCCUCCUCCCGGACUGGGCUCGAUCCUCGAGGAAAUGGACGCUAAUCUUCAACGACGGAUGACUUUCCUGCGUGGCAGGGAGUCCUUUGGUUCACGAGAUUCGUCCGUAGCGGGAGAAAACGGAGGAGUUGAUGGUUUUGAAGAACCGAGGGAGCCAUUUAACAUUGAUGGCGAGCAUGAUACCCAGCACUUGGGAAGGCCUCCGUCCUCAUCAGCUUUGCCCUCUCCCCCUAACGAUAAUCUACUUUGGAUUCACCGUCCCAAUCGUGUACACUCCGCUCCCAGCCAAUCGGGCGAAAGCGAGCCAACCUUUUGUCCCACCCCUACAGUAGCAGCGUCCGGAGUAACAAUUGAGCCAGACUCCCGUUCUGACGGUGAGGGGGAAGAGGGAGAGGGUGACGGCUUAGGGAGAGCAACUGCUACCGACGUCAUGGGGGAACCUGCUGGCAGUGCGUCAACGGACCUCUCUCCGUCCCCCCCAACUCCAGUCCCAAUUGACCCUCGGCUAGUCGGUGAUGAGUAA